AACGUGCGACCGUACUCACGAGGAAGGAAGGAAGGAAGGAAGGAAGGAACGGAGAAGACUCCCGCGUUGUGUGCUCUUUUCUCUGAUUUUUCUUUUUCCCGCGAGACCGCGGAGAAUUCGACGAGGAUGAUGCGCUCGUACUCGCGGCGCGGCAGCGUCGAGGUCGCGCGAUACGCGAGAGCGGCUUUCUCACGGCGUGGAGGAUGAUUCUGUUCGACGUCUUCAUCUUCGCCGCGGUAUAUGUGUUUUUCCUCAUUCUUCUCCAGUUGCACAAGCUUUCCCGAGAGGAGCUGGAAGAGCACGCUCCUGCGAGAGGCCCGGCGAUAAGUGGAGAAGACAGAAGGAGAGAGUGACGUAGAGCGACGGGAAGCGACGACGGACGAGCAAAACGAACGAGCGAGUGAGCGAGCGAGCGACCGACAGAGCGAGCCUGUUGUUAGUGGUGUGUGCGACGAGUGGUGCGUGCGACGUGCGCGGCCGCCGUCGAUCGUCAUCGUCGUCGUCGUCGUCGUCGUCGUCGUAGUAGUCGUCGUCGUGCGGCCCGGCCGCGGCAAGUGCUGCUACUGCUGCCAGUGUUCAUCCGUCGCCGUCGCCGUCAGUUUAUAGUUCAGCACAGUGUAGUGCGGUGCUGUCGUGCGCGACUCGAGUGUGAGUAACGGGUCGUAACGACAGCCAACGACCAGUCGAUCAUCAGUCGUCCAUCGACAGUCGUCGCGGUGCGACCUGACGUAGGUUCGUGCCCCGAGAGAGAAGAGAGAGAGAGAGAGAGAGAGAGACUCGGGCACGAGCACCAGAAGCCAGAGUCACAACCACCACCACCAUCGCGAGAAUGGCGGGCAACGGGGUCCCGGUCCUCCUCAUCACCGCGAACGUCGGCAGCAUCUUCGAAGAGCCUAGUGUCAUGCUGAAGAUAUGGACGGAAGAGUUUUUAUCCACCAUAUCGAGGCUGGAUCCGAAAUUUAUAGCGCUGCACUGCCAAGAAGUAGGUGGAAAGAAUUACGAGCAGAGUAUGAGGCACGUGGAGGACUUUGUUAGAUUACUUAUGUCAUCGGAAGAAUUAAGGUUGUUCGACAAAAUUAGGGUAUUCCUCGAUGAGGAUUAUUCAUCCGCUGAGCAUUUCACAGCUCUAGGAAAUUUCUACUUCGUGCACGAGUCGCUGAGCGAUGUUUUAUUGUGGGAUUUUAAUGAGUGCACUUUUGUACCUGUAACUGGAAAAGAAGUCCAUUCGGGCAACAUAGAAGCAGUUACUACCAAAGAGAAAGCUAAGUUUCCUCAAGAGUUCUUCCCUGAAUGCAAAUGGUCCAGAAAGGGUUUUCUGCGCACGCGAUGGAGUAUUAGUGGAACAGUUUUUGAUCUCAUAAACAUACACUUAUUUCAUGAUGCGAGCAAUUUCAUUGCUAUGGAAAAUUAUCCAUCGGUAUACAGUAAAACGCGCAGAAGAGCACUCGAGCACACAUUAGAUAGAUUUCACAAUGACAAGUAUCCGAAUGUGCCGUAUUUUUUAUUUGGCGACUUUAAUUUUAGAACGGACACAUCAGGCGUGAUAAAGAAACUGACAGAAGAUACUCAAGAAAAGAGGUUAUCAAAUAAGGGAAAUAUUUCAAAAUUGCAAUUUCACAAUAGAGAUGAUGAUCUCAUAUUAACAUUAGGCAAAAAGGAAUUUUCUCACCAUGAACAUCAGAACGUUUUCAUAAAAAAUGGCGGUGAAUGGUUACGCGAGUAUGACAAAGAACUGGGAGACUUUAGGGGAAGGUUGUUCGAGUUUCCAAUCAACUUUGUACCAAGUUAUCCGUUUCAAGAGGAUAUUAAUGAGCCUGUAAAUUACAUGCAAACAAGAGUGCCAGCUUGGUGCGAUCGAGUUUUACUGAGCCCCACUGCGAAAACGCUAGUCCAAGAUAUCGAUAAUUCCGAGGCAAUGGAAUAUGGUAUAAUCGGCCCAAGUACGUGCAUGGGUGAUCACAAGCCAGUCUACUUGAAGGCUAAUCUCAUCUCGGAUGCAGGUAUGAGAGACUGCUGUAACUUACCAAUUGCACCUGAGUUUUGCUUCCGAGUGCCCAACAAUUAUCUGGAGUUGUUGUCCAUGUUGCCUGAGUGUAAUAGUUAUGCUAACGCGCGUGCGGAUUCUAUUGAUUAUUCAUCUAAUUUGUUGCACGCAAUACCUGUUAAGCAUGAUCCUUACACGCCAGAUAGUAUGGAUAGUCCGAGCCCAAACGCGCUGACUUCCGGAGAGGUCCAAGAUCUGUAUACGGAUCAUAUUGACAGCAACAACAUCGGUGACAACACAACGUCGAUGCAGCGAUUGUCUCAAAUGUCGAACAUGUCGAGGCGACACAUUGACCGAGCUGUAUCUCCCGCUCUACUGAAAUCCAGACUAGAGUUGAUCGUGCAAAAUAAGAAGCAGGAGGACGCGGAUCUAGAAGUAGACGCCUCGGACAUUAAGAGGAGUCCCAGCGAGUGCCACUUACGUUCUUGGUCCGACUCUGAUGAUCAACAGUGGUGCGUAAGGAAAAACAGAUGUAAUAGCGACGUGUCGUGGCAACGGUCCCACGUUUUAACGGAGGCUUGGGUGCAGAGCAAGGGCCAGCAAGGUUAUCAUUCCUUCAGUAAUUUUGCGAACCGAUCUUCCUCAAAUUCGAGUGCCCCGGAGAUCGUUGACGGAUUACCACCCGAUCUGAUCAUACCGCGAAUAGCCAUAAUACACGCGAGUAACUUUGAGUCGAACGCAAGCUCAGGGUACUUCCACGACGACAGAUUGAGUAAUUAUUCGGAAAAUAAGUUGAGCUCUUAUUCGGACGGUUGCACGAAAACGUUGAGCGGCGAGGCUAUGAGUUCAGAGAAAUCUGACGAGAUUGGCGACAAAACGGAUGAAGAAGAUGGUAACAGAUUGAGCUCUAGUACAGAUAGAAUAGAGAAAGAGAAUAACACAAAUGCGAAAUGCCACAACGAAUCAGUAUCGAAUAAAGAUAUAUAUUUUGAAAAGGAUAAUAGAGAAUUUAUCGAGGAUGAAUGCGACAUGUGUAAGGAGACACAUAAGUGUCAAAUAGAAUCGCAAACUUUUGCGAGGAACACGUUUUACAUGAAGAAUGAUGUCUCUGAUAAAACGAAUGACAAAUUAAUCAUGGAACACUUUCAUGAAGAUAUUCCAGGUGAAUCUUAUAUAAGAAACAUACAGUACACAGAAAUCCUGUUGGAAAAUCAACCAAAGUAUCAAUCAUUGCGGAGAAGACACAAUAAAACCGACACGAAUCUGGACAAAAUAAAUGUGGAAAUUAGCGAUACAUCGUACAAAAAGACUAGCAUGGAGAUAGAGCCUCUUAGAAAACAAGAUAGCGACAGCCAUGUGAUAAAGACAUGCCCAGACAUACACCCGAAACAGCGAGGGAAAUGCAGACGGAGGCGAAAUCCGGGUUGAGGAGCGGCGAGCUUCACAACGGCAUUAACAACAAUAACAACAACAACAACAAUAACAACGCCGUCAGGACGAUAACGAGAUACGUGCACACCAAGCAUGCGGACUCGUCGGUGAAGAUCUUUCGGGAGACGAUGGUUUGAUAUUGCACUUCCGGAUGACGUUCGUCGUUUUCGCAGUAACGUCAAUCACAUCGCGUACAAAGGAUUAGUCAUUUAAAAUUAUUUAACUCUUUCAGUACCACUUGGUUGCCUUAAAGAGACACGUUUCUAUACGUUUCUAAUAAUACGAAUGAAAAUAAUAGUACCGAGAAUAAUAUGAUGGUUUCACAAUGCAUUUCGUUGGGAAAAAAAUUUGAUAUACAUAUUUGAUUUUUUUUUUUUAUAUUUCACUUUGAAACUUUGGAAAUAUGUUCCAGUAACUUGGAAUGAGAUGAGAUUUUUUUAUUUGUUUUAUAAUACAUAAUAAAAUUUGGUAUAGAAAGGAUUAAAUUUAAGCGACGCUUAUCGUCGAUAAAAUAAAAUGAGUGAGCAAUGACGAAUUGUGAGGCAUUUGGCACGUUUCGCCGCGACGGUACAUCAAUAUCCGAUCCAUUAAACACUAUCGCAAAAUCCGAAUACUAUAACUACAUUCCACUAGCGUAAUCUGCAAAAAAAAGCGCGAGUCGUAUGCCGUGUUUGAAGCUGCAAGCUGCGUGCCCUUAAUAAAAUAUAUUUAGAGAUGGGAAGUCAUUGUAAUUUUUGUUAUAAUAACGAUUUGAUAAUGACAUUUUUAAAUACAAUUUUUCAUAAUGCUAAUGGACAGUCAUUUUUGAUAAGCAACUCAUUAUUUAUGCGUUUACUCAUUAAAAACAAGUAACUCGUUAGUUGCCCAGCAAACGACAAUAAAUUGAAAUGAAUAAAGAUAAAUUUAUUUCGACAUUUUCGAUUUUGCGCUUCAGACUUUUCGAAUCCACUUGCAUCCAAAAAUAAUAUGAAUGCAACGUGAUGAAUAGCCCAUUUCGUAUUUCAAUCCUUUUGAGUCGAUCUGAAUCCAAAAAUACUUGGAAACUCUAAAGCGCGAACUCGGAUAAAUUAAAAUAAAUUGCAAUUUUAAAUUCACUUAAAUUUAGUUUCAUUUGCUAGGCGGCUCGUUAUAUAACGAACAAAAGUAACGCGUUACUUUGACUCGUUAUGUAACGAGUAAAGUUACAAGUUAGUAUUCUUCAAUAAAUAAUACAUAAUCGUAACGUUGAUUGUCAAAAAGUGACUAUUCCAAUUCUAAUCUACUCGUUACUAAUUAUGGAAAAUUGUACCGUUAUUACCAUAUUAUAAAAAAGUAAUUAUAACGAGUAACGACGUUACUUAUUGGAACGUGUUACUUCCCAUCCCUAAUUAUAUCCAGCAAUCUAGAAAUUGCCUAGAACUCCGUACAAUAUGUCUAAAAACCGUAAAGAUAUUUAAAAGACGUCCUACGCUUUGAUAAAUUUCCAGGCCUCUUUUAAACGUCUUUAGCUCUUUUAUGGAAACCUCAAACGUCUUCAGAUUCUUUAUGGAAACCGUUAAAACUAUAUUAUACUCGCGUAAUUUGCAAAUCGCACUUCAUAUAUACAUAUAUAUAUAUAGGUGUCAGGUGUCCCUACGAUAUCUCGUUGUUACUUUAAAUCCAAAUCGAAAACCCGAGAGCUUCCUUACUUUUGCCAAAGGUAUUAUUUUUCGAACGCGCUACGAAAGUCCCUCUCACUGCCUUCGUACACGCGUUCACGUACGACCAAAGAUUUCGUAUAUAUUUAUUAACGGCGCAUCGCAUGCCGCCUCCAUCGAUGGUAAUUCUGCGUGAUGCAAAAUGUGUAGUGACACCGUGUAUUAUAAAUGUAAUGAUGGAUGUUCGUUCGCGAUGUAGAUUUCUAGACCUUUAACGUACCUCAACGGUUGUUCUUGUUGCGCCAAGCUGUUAAAUUCAUUAUUGUACUUACCGCAAUAUCGAUGUGCGUCUCAAGUACAACUGACAUCCUAAUUACUCUCUAAGAUUACUUCGCGCGAGUUAUACUUAAUUUUUUAACUGUGUAAAUUAAGAUGUACAUCGUUUAUUGUAUAGUAACAUAAGAAUGAUAGUUUUAUGUGAAGGAAAUCGAUUCUCGCAAUCGAAGGAUCAAGGGAUCACGGACUGUUGAUGGAUAAAUUACUUAUAUAUUAAUAAUAAUGAUAAUUUCCUGAAAAGUGUCACGCUUCACAGUCAGUCGUUAUCCUGAAGCAGACUUGAGAAACUUCCUGAGAAACGGGGAUUACCUUUGUACCGCUUCAUGAUAACGUCCCAGUAAACGGAAAUGGAUUCAAAAUAUUUAAAAUGGAUAAAAAUGGAUUCAAAAAAUCAAGAAUUUAGAUUUUCGACAAUGACCACACAAAUCUAUUUCUAUCCAAUUAGAGUUUAAAAAUUCCUUGAAUCUAUUUUAGUCCAUGAAGUGAAAUUGAAAUUAUUAGGUUUCUACUUUUUUUAAUUCAAAAAAGUUAUGUGGGUUAUAUAAUUCAUUUUAAUCCAUGAAACGGGAUUGAAAUAAAAUGAUUUUUAUUUUUUAUUUUCUUAAUCUAAAAGGAGUUUUUACGGGUCAUAUAAUCCAUUAUAAUCCAUAGGAUCGAAAUAACUUGAUUACUGUCUUUCAAUCCAAUAUGUAUUCAAAUGAAUUAAAAUGAAUUACAAAUUUUUAAUCCAUUUUUACUGGGAUAUCGGAAUAUAUUCUUCGUACAUUUAUGUACAGAAAGUAAGCCGAUAUUCAUCUAUAGAGUAUAGAAUACAGACAAGCAAAACAACUUAUUAUUAAUUAAGCGAAGUUGUACUCCCCAGCAAACGAAAAUAAAUUCAAAUGAAUUGAAAAUGGCAAUUCAUUUUAAUUUAUCCGAGUUCGCCCUUUCUGGUGCAUUUUUUUGGAUUUAAAUCAACUCAAAUGGACUGAAAUACGAAAUAUGCUAUUCAUCAUUUUGUAUUUAAAUGGAUUUAUGUCUUCAUUAUAUUAUUUCGAUUUGAAUGAAUUGAGAUAAUUUAUUAUUUUAAAUUUGAAUGAAUUCAUGUGCUCAUUAUAUUAUUUUUGAAUUCACAUGACUUUAUAAAUGCAAAAUAAUUUAUUAUUUUGAAAUCGGAUGGAUUCAUGUCUUCCAUUAUAUUAUUUUUGGUUUAAAUGGAUUUGAAAAAUCUGAUGCGCAAAUUCGAAACUAUCAAAAUGAAUUCAUUUCUAUCAAUUUCAAUUCAUUUUCGUUUGCUGGAUCCGUACAAAAAUAUCUAAUAUAUACAAUAAAACACUCGCGAGACGUUCUCUCACGACUCGCCGCGCCAAUCCGUUCCAUCUUAGAAUUUUGCACACGUUUAAUAUAAAUAUAAGAAACCCCUCACUACCGAUGUAAGAGUUGCAUAAGCGAAGUUUUUGGCAACCUCAUUAGAAGAAAUGUGCAUCUCGCACUUAGAUCCAUUUGUGUUUCAAAUGUUUUCACGUUGGUUAAAGCUGAUUGAAGUUCCUCGUCUCUUUCUUUACCGAGCUGUAAGGAAAGACGUGAAACGUAUCGCUUGCGAGAGCAGUCCGGAGAUUGCUGGCGAGGAAUGUCUUGGGUCCAUUUGCACCUUCAUCGAUUCACAAUUUAUAGACGUUGCAUAGCUCUCGAUAUGUCAUUCAUUUGUCAAAGUGCGUGUAUUGAGACACUUACCACAUGGCAUUCCACGGAAAUUAGCCGAUUAAUUCGAAUCGAUGUGCUAUAGUAUCAUUGUAUUGUUAGACUCGCGGGGCUCCUUUGCGCUUCGCUACGUAGAAACUCGAUAGACAAGCCCUUCCUUUGUGUCGUUCAUAAUAGUGCUUCUCCACGAGGUUCACAUUCUAUCGGAAUGAUUUUUCAUCGCGAACUGAGUCGAUCUAGCAAACCCUCGUUGUCUCCGCGUCUCGGCUUUUAACGAGGUUUAACGCGAACGCUGUUAACGAUUUAAAUGAGCGAUGGGAAUUGCGGAGUCUUUAUUUCCAUCGCUUUCACGAUGUACGUUGUUGAACUCUGAUGUAUAUGUUGUUGGACACGCAUAUGAUGUCUCGGUAAAAUAAUAUAAUCCUAAGUGUGUCACACCGUGAUAUAAUACAUUACAUUAGACCAGAGAAACACUUAAGAAACGCCACAAAGAUCUUCCCGGUUUCACGCGCCUUUCGAAAUAUUUAAGUGUUACGAACUCUUUUUACGGCGAGAAAGAGAAAUUUACUUCUGUCCAAGCACAAGACUUUUAAUAUCGAAACAGCCGCUACUUUUCGCAUAGCGUAAUUCUACUUGUAACGCACGAGAAAUCCGUUUGUCAUCGAUUUGGGAGAGACCUCCCUUGGAAUUCUUCUGAGCUCAAUCUUGAUGUCAGCCUUCUCUUGAAUGUUCUUUUUAGUCUUCAUUCAUUAACGAGGAAAAGGAACUGUAGGGUGUUCACCAUCUGCAUGACGAUCAUAUUUCUGCUGAGAUGUGCAAGGGGAAGCAUCGUUUCUUGCGGUCGAGAGAGGCGAGGUUGAUGUUGUACUUUUAUAAACACGUACGUACUUAUAUUUUGUACCAAUAGCGUCUCGCGUACUCUCGGUGCGAUAACACCAUAACGGAGAUAUACCCGACGAGGCAAGAACGCGCGGAUAUACGUCUGCGUGCUCCGUGCGAUCGUCGUUAUACUCAAGUUCGCGAAAUCGCGACGCGCGAGAAAACGCGAAGACGCUUCGUUGACAUUUAUCUCGAAGAUUCGAGCGACACGCUCAUUUCAUGUUGUACCAAUGUUGUAGGAAAAAAAAAAUAAAGUUAACGAUCCCAUAAUGGA